CAUCCCAAGAUGGCAACAGAAACAGGAAGCUUUGUUAAUGAAGAAGAAUAAUUUGUGUAUAAAAUAUGCACCAGUAAUUAUGCAGUAUUAGAGAUAGGUAAUACUAUACAAUGCAACAUAGAGUAGCAUUUUAGGUGCUCAUAAAUUGCAUGUGAUGGCAAAGUCUGAAAGAACUAGCACUGAUUAUAGUUCCAUUGAUGACUUGUCUCUUCCACGUGGGGCUUCUGCUGCAUUAUAUAGACAUGAGCAUUUUCCCAUAUUGGAGAGGAGCAGCAGUGACUCCAACCUGAACUCAAUAAGUCCGCAGAGCUGGUCGAACCUUUCUGUGGACAAAACCUCCGUCUUGCUGAGAGCUGGUGGUAAAAAUCACGAGGCUGGUAUUUGUGUGGAGUGGGAUAUUAUUGAGGAUGUGGGAGCUCAGGAUUGGAUUGGACUCUUUUAUUUUGGUGAAGUUGAUACAUCAAAGUUUUUGGAAUGUAAAACCCGAGGUUCUAGUGGGGGAUCACGUGGUGCCAUUGUGUGGGAUUUAAAUGCAGUUGAGCACUUAUUCUCUGAAUUUAAAACUGAUGUUUGCUUCAAGUACAUUAGUGGAAAUAGUGGAGAGGUGUUAGCCACUAGUCCCCUUGUUACUGUGGCUUUACUUAAGAAUGAAACCAAAUCACCCUCUCAAGCUUCAGGUACCAAAGAGAAUUCUUUGAACAAUGCUCUGUUUUCUAUUACCAUUGAAGACGUCAUGGCCAGUAACCUGAAGAAGGGCAUGUUUUUCAACCCUGACCCUUAUGUCAAGUUUCAAAUUUUGCCACACAACUCCAGAGAGCACAUAGAGAGUCAUCAUUAUCAGAAGGUGCGCUCAACCGUAGCCACUAACACAGGAAACCCAUGCUGGAGAUCAGAGAAAUUUACGUUGACAGUGCAUGUGUCUGACCUGCUGGAGGUGGAGGUCAAGCACAAGUUCAGCAAGAGCAGGCCCACCAUGUGCAGGUUUCUUGGACGAGCCACACUACCCAUACAGUCUAUCAUUGAUCAAAUUGCUGAACAAAAGCCAGCAGAGUUUCUACUAGAGCUGAUGAGAAAAGGCCCAUCAGAUAAUGUCAGUGGUGCAGUACAGUUUAAAGUUCAUCUUCAGUUAGUGCUGCAAGAUGAUGGCCAUAAGAUGAAUGGAUGCCUCCAGCGGCAAACAUCACUGCCUGCUACCCUGUCCAAGCAGGGAGAGAACACACCUCGCACCUCUCACAUCCGUCACAGACACACUGACCCCGGCCUGGUGGUCUCUGACCCCCAUGGCAGGCUGACCCCCACCUGGGACAUCAGUGAGGAGACAGAGCAGUGUGAGGAGGCCCUGAGGGGUGGGCCCAGCUCACCAGACUACCAGCUGCCUGGGGAGACAAGCCUCAUGUCCAGACAGGAUGCCGAGAGCUCAGAUUCUGGCACCUCCAUGUCUGCUGGUGAUAAACUUGAUGUUUCUUUAAGCCCUAAAACAUCCUUGAACCCAACAGACUCGAGCAGUAGCCUGCAAGGAGCUUGUGCCAGACCUGAAGGUGGGGAUGGCCAGAGCUUAGUUGCUGCUGCCUGCAGUACAACAGCUGAUGAAGAGGGCCAGCCAGAGCUGGACAUGACGGUCCAGUCAGGGGGUCCAGUGUUUCCCUCAGCCCUCAAGCCUGAGGCUCCCACACUGCCACCCAGAACUUACAAGGCCCCACCCCUACCUCCUAGAAUCAACAAAACCUCUGCGCCUCCGUUACCACCUCGUCCUACAAACAAUCAUGAAACUAGUAAACCAAGGUUAGAACCUCCCCCACCUCCUCUCCCCCCACGAACUUACAGUCCCGUUGAAUGUCGGGAAGUUGUGGAACUAUUUCCCUGGGGUCCCCCUGUAAUACCUGUCUCUCCCACCAGCACCCACCAACCAGCUUCACCUAAUGCAGGUGUGCGGGGCUCCAACCAUUCUUCAGACAGGUCUGCGCACCUGGCCCUCGUUCCUUCAUCAUCUGACAGAGCUGCACCUUCCCCUCCCACCUCUAGAGCUGGGAUAGAUAAUGUGGCUGGCUCACGUGUCAGCCUCGCCAUGUCUACAACCAGUGAACCUUCUGCAUUAGGUGCAUCCCAGUCAUUGGCAGCACACAUUAAACGGCGCAGCGUGGACGGUCUUGCCCAGCUGACCAACUUGUCGUCAACUCGCCAGCGCCAGCUAUCCUCAGAAGAGCGGCAACAAAACAGGCAACUGAUUAGCCAAAAUUUGGAGUUGUGGACUCGCUCUAAAACCCAGAAGCCGGCUACAGCCAACGGAGGUCUGGAAGAAUCCUCUCCCCCCUCCUUCAGUGAAUGUGAGGCAGCCCGGUCCACAGAACACUUGUCACCCCCCAUCAUAGUGCCACGCCUCUGUACAACAUCAGGGCAAGUUGACGCAGCUGAUGGCCAUUCCCAUGGGAUUAGCAGCCAUAGUGGUGCACAGGUGGACCCAACCAAUGCCUCAAGUGCUACAGCUGCUCUCAGUAGGGACAGGUUCAAAGACAGGGGAGGGAUGGCUGGGGCAGAAGGUGGUGAACCACCACGCAAGCGAGCCAUCAAGUACCCCAGACAUCCUGACAUAGACGAUGUCCUACCAUCGGGCUGGGAAGCUAGGGUAGACAGCCACGGCCGCAUCUUUUAUAUAGACCAUGUAAAUAGAACGACAACCUGGCAGCGCCCACAAACUGGCUUUCAGACCGUACAACGAAGACCCACUCUCAGCUCAGAACAGAGGCAGCAGCUUGACCGCAGGUACCAGAGUAUCCGUCGCACCAUCACCCAGAAUCAUCCAGUGGAUGCUGAAGCUUCAGGUGACUCCAGCCAACCAACAGGUGGUGCAUCAAACGCAUCAGACAACAGCCCAAGCUCUGCCACACCAUCAGACAGUUUGCCAGACAGAUCUGCUGACAGAUCAGAGCGAAGUGUGUACAAGUUUCCUGCUGUCAAGUUCCUCACACGACCUGACUUUUUCCCUAUGCUGCAAGUAAACGAGAAUGCAAUGGUUGAAUACAAUAGAACAAGUAAAUUAAAACACAUGAUAACCAAGAUUAGAAAAGAUCCAAAAACAUUUGAAAGGUAUCAACAUAACAGAGACUUAGUAUCUUUUGUCAAUUUGUUCUGUGAUAAAUCCAAAGAGCUACCAAGACGCUGGGAAAUGAAGUAUGAUAAAUCUGGGAAAGCAUUUUUCAUUGAUCAUGUCCUACGAACUACAACUUUCAUGGACCCUCGUCUCCCUACUGAUGUGCCUCCAAUCAACCCUGACUUCCUACAAACUCCUCCCCCACGUCCUCCCCCUCCUCCUAAGCCAGCUGUGUCAGAAGCCGUAGCACCCAUUCCUACUGCUUACAAUGAGAAAGUUGUGGUAUUCCUGCGUCAAGCCAAUGUGGAUGACAUGUUGAGAGAGCGCUGCCCCCAGUAUGCAUCUAGUUCUAGUCUGCGUGAGAAAGUCAAUAAAAUAGCAGCCCGAGGUGUAGACAUGCUGGAGAGGUUCUCAAAUGAUAUAGACCUGACACUCUUACUCAGCCUAUUUGAAAAUGAAAUCAUGAGCUAUGUCCCUAUAAUAAGUAAUCGGAGAAUAGAUUCACUAGAGGCUGCAAGUCAGGGGUCACCUCAAGGGUCACCAGUUCAACGAGGCCCCGGCCGUGUGCCAGCACCAUACAAAAGAGAUUUCCAGGCUAAACUGAGAAACUUUUAUCGCAAGCUUGAGUCUAAGGGCUACGGACAAGGUCCAGGCAAGUUAAAGCUGACUGUGAGAAGAGAUCAUGUUUUAGAAGACGCCUUCAACAAAAUCAUGUCCACGCCAAAGAAAGAGCUCCAGAAGAAUAAACUCUACAUCACAUUUGCUGGAGAAGAGGGCCUGGACUAUGGGGGCCCAUCUCGAGAGUUUUUCUUCUUACUAUCUCGUGAGCUGUUCAAUCCUUACUACGGCCUAUUUGAGUAUUCAGCCAAUGAUACGUACACUGUGCAAGUCAGCCCCUUAUCAACAUUUGUUGAGAAUGCCCAUGAAUGGUUUCGCUUCUCUGGUCGCGUGUUGGGUCUGGCUUUAGUCCACCAGUACCUGCUUGAUGCUUUCUUCACACGGCCUUUCUACAAGUCCCUACUUCGUGUGCCACUCUCUCUGGAAGAUGUGGAGUCGCUUGACAUGGAGUUCCACCAGAGCUUGCUGUGGAUCAAAGACAAUGACAUUAGUGAAGUGGACCUGGACCUGACCUUCUCUGUCAGUGAGGAAGUCUUUGGACAGGUGACAGAGAGGGAGCUGAAGCCCAAUGGCAAGAACAUUGUGGUGACAGAGAGGAACAAGAAGGAGUACAUAGAGAAGAUGGUCAAGUGGAGGCUGGAGAGGGGAGUCACAGAACAGACAGACAGCCUCAUACGGGGAUUCCAUGAGGUGCUGGAUGGUCGCCUGGUCUCUGUCUUUGAUGCUCGUGAGCUGGAACUGGUCAUUGCUGGCACUGUAGAGAUUGAUAUUGGAGACUGGCGCAGAAAUACUGACUAUCGCUCAGGUUACCAUGAUCAGCAUACUGUCAUCCAGUGGUUCUGGGAGGCCAUUGAGAAGUUUGAUAAUGAGAGGCAGCUCAGGCUAUUACAGUUUGUCACUGGAUCAUCAAGUAUUCCCUACGAAGGAUUCACUGCUUUAAGGGGGAGUAAUGGGCCACGUAAAUUUUGUAUAGAGAAGUGGGGUAAAGUCACAAGUCUGCCAAGAGCUCACACCUGCUUCAACAGGCUGGACCUGCCGCCUUACACCUCGUUUGAGAUGCUGUUUGAGAAGCUGGUCAUGGCAGUAGAAGAAACCAGUACAUUUGGCAUUGACUGAAGCAACACCUGUAAGUCUAUGUGGCCUGCCACCUUACUUGACUGAAGCAACACCUGUAAGUCUAUGUGGCCUGCCACCUUACUUGACUGAAGCAACACCUGUAAGUCUAUGUGGCCUGCCACCUUACUUGACUGAAGCAGCACCUGUAAGUCUAUGUGGGCCUGCCACCUUACUUGACUGAAGCAGCACCUGUAAGUCUAUGUGGGCCUGCCACCUUACUUGACUGAAGCAACACCUGUAAGUCUAUGUUGGCCUGCCACCUUACUUGACUGAAGCAGCACCUGUAAGUCUAUGUGGGCCUGCCACCUUACUUGACUGAAGCAACACCUGUAAGUCUAUGUGGGCUGCCACCUUACUUGACUGAAGCAACACCUGUAAGUCUAUGUGGCCUGCCACCUUACUUGACUGAAGCAACACCUGUAAGUCUAUGUGGCCUGCCACCUUACUUGACUGAAGCAGCACCUGUAAGUCUAUGUGGGCCUGCCACCUUACUUGACUGAAGCAACACCUGUAAGUCUAUGUGGGCUGCCACCUUACUUGACUGAAGCAACACCUGUAAGUCUAUGUGGCCUGCCACCUUACUUGACUGAAGCAACACCUGUAAGUCUAUGUGGCCUGCCACCUUACUUGACUGAAGCAGCACCUGUAAGUCUAUGUGGGCCUGCCACCUUACUUGACUGAAGCAACACCUGUAAGUCUAUGUGGCCUGCCACCUUACUUGACUGAAGCAACACCUGUAAGUCUAUGUGGCCUGCCACCUUACUUGACUGAAGCAGCACCUGUAAGUCUAUGUGGCCUGCCACCUUACUUGACUGAAGCAGCACCUGUAAGUCUAUGUGGCCUGCCACCUUACUUGACUGAAGCAACACCUGUAAGUCUAUGUGGGCUGCCACCUUACUUGACUGAAGCAACACCUGUAAGUCUAUGUGGCCUGCCACCUUACUUGACUGAAGCAACACCUGAAUGACUGUGAGCGCUGCUGUGGACCCAGUCUUGUCCACCCCACCCAGUGCUGUCCACCCCACCCAGUGCUGUCCACUCC